CAAGCAACAGCAGUCCGAGUUCCGGCCGCCUCCCUUUUCCUCCCCCAACCAUAGCCACAACCACAACCACAACCACAACAGCAGCAACCCGAGCAGCCACGCCCAUCAAUCCCCGCCUCGCCCGGCCUUGCCAAAUCCCUACAUGCCCUCGUCCACCACGGGCUCAGCUGGCGGCCCCAUCGCUCCUCCUUCCCUGCCGCCCCCCGCGGCCCUGAGCGGCCCGUCGACUGCUGGAACCCCGAGCCAUCACCAUCACCAUCAUCAAUCGCAUCAUCAUCACCACCAUCCGGCCGCCGCUGCUCCGCCUCUCCCAGCAUCUCCGCUGCACCCGCCGGUCGGCUACUACUCUCCCGCGACGGCCGACGCCCAUCACGCGCGCGAAAAGCCUGCCUCGCGCGGCUUCUACGAUCCUACAACCGACACCACCAAGGAACGCCGGGUUUCUGACGCGGCCGGCGCCUCUUCGUGGCACAACGCGCCCCCAGCCGGAACCCCCAAGGCCCGUGAGCCUUACAACUAUUCCCAGCCGGCUGACCAGCACGCCCCCCCUUACUACAACGGCGCCUACACGUCGCCUCGUGCACCGUCCUCAUUCAAUCGGCCCCGUAGCCCGCUGGCCCAUCCGCAUCCCAACCCGUCCGCUGGAUCCAACAGCCCCCCGGGGCGACAGCCUCGCAUGGCCUCUCCGAGCUUGAGACAUGGUGCACCGCCCAGCAUGACCUCAAAUACCAACGGGGCAUCCGCCCUUCCGCCUCUGGCCAAGUCUGACCUGGCCGCUCCCUCGCCCCCCAAGCCGGCUCCUGCAUCAACGAGCACUCCUAGCCGAGCCGACCCCAUGUCAUUUUCCAACAUCCUCUCCAGCUCUGAACCCGCCCCUAAGCCUCGGGAACCUACCCCAGUGGCCGAGGAACGCGAACCCGAGCCUGCAAAGGUGCCCGAGCGAGAACCCGAGCGAGAACCUAAACGAGAGCCUAAGCGCGAGCAUAAGCGUGAGCUCAAGCGAGAACUCAAACGGGAGCCUAAGCGAGACUCCGAAAAGCCUUCUGAGAAGGAGCUUGAUCGCGAUAAUGAUACCGAAGUCGAGAGAGAUGUAGAGACGGAGCCUGAGCCCAUUCCCGUCAGAGGCCGACAACCCGUCACUAAGAAGAGGGGCGGUCGCAAGUCCACCAAGGGGCGCGCAUCUGACAUUCGGGACGCUGCCACCCCCAAGAGCGGACGAAGGUCAUCAAUCAAGAAGGAGUCUCCCACCCCACGCCUUCCUGCUAAGCGACAGGCAAACGGCCAGCCGAAGCAGAAGACAUGGUCCACCGAAAUGGAAAAGAAGAUCCAGAAUGCCGAGGCGCAAAUUGAUAGCAAUGCCACCUCACUUGACGCGGACGAGUUUGACGAGCAACAGUACAUGGAACGAGCCCAGAAGCGCCGACGCGUCAUGGCCGACUUGGACAAGGAGCAGGGUCGUGUUCGUCGAGACACCUAUGCCACCACGGCUAGUAAGAAGCUUGUGACGCACUCGGAACUCGGCAAGCGGCGAUACGAUGACGUCUUUUACGACGAGGCUCUCCAUGAGGUCCGCGAGCAGGAGCUAUAUGCCGAGAAGGAACGCAAGAAGGACAUGCAGCGCAAGCGUCGUCGCGAGAAGUCCAUGGCCGUCACCAUGGAGCAGAAGGAGGCCGCUCUCGCCCGGGCAGAGGCUGCCGAGGAUGAGACUGAACGCCAGAAGCAUCUCCGUGACGCCGAACGGGCCAGCAAGAAGGCUCAACAGACCAAGCUCAUCCUGCAAAAGGGCAUCAAAGGCCCUGCGCGAAAUUUGGAGCUCAACCUGGAGGGUGGUAUGAUGUCUUCCUUCCAGGCUUCCGACAUCGAGUCUGGCGCCGGUGGCGGUGGUGGUGGCGGCGGCGGCGCUGGCAGCGCUACUGGCGGUACUGGGACUGGUCGCAAGGGUAAGGGCCGCGGUGGACCACGUCCUAAGAAGUCAAAGGAGCAGAAACAGGCCGAGAAGGACUCCGCGGAAGCCGCCCAAGCUGCUCUCGACGCUGGCGAGGAGCUUCCCAGCAAGGAAGAGACCCGCGUACGCAUCAAGAUCAAGAAGUCCAAGGGUGGCGACCCCGACACCGAAAAGGACAAGGAACCCAAGGAGCCCAAGGAAAAGGACAAGGACAAGCAGAAAGAAAAGGUCGAUGAUAUCCCGGAGAACGAGAAGAGAUUCUUGUCCAAGGGUUACAACCAGAUCUACGACCAGAUUUGGCGAGACAUGGCCCGCAAGGAUGUUAACAAGACGUUCAAGCUGGCUGUCGACUCGUACGCCACCAAGUCUUCCAACCUCAAGAAAACCGCUAUCCUGGCAUCCAAGGAGGCCAAGCGGUGGCAGCUGCGUACCAACAAGGGCACCAAGGAUCUUCAGGCUCGUGCCAAGCGAGUCAUGCGUGAUAUGAUGGGCUUCUGGAAGCGCAACGAGCGUGAGGAACGCGACCUCCGAAAGGCGGCCGAGAAGCAGGAGAUUGAGAAUGCUCGAAAGGAGGAGGCUGACCGUGAAGCCGCUCGCCAGAAGAGAAAGCUCAACUUCCUCAUCUCCCAGACCGAGCUCUACUCCCAUUUCAUUGGCAAGAAAAUCAAGACAGACGAGGUGGAGCGAAGUACCGAUAACCCCGAUGUCGCCAAGGAUCCCCACCAGAUCAACCAACAGAAGCUGGAUGUUCAAGAACCCACCGCAGUCGGCAGCAAGGUCACCAACUUUGAAAACCUCACCUUUGAAGAAGAGGACGAGGAGAAUUUGCAGGCCGCUGCCAUCGCCAAUGCUCAGAACGCCAUCGCCGACGCCCGCAAGAAGGCCCGUAAAUUCAACAAUGAGGAUGACGACAUGGAUGAGGAGGGCGAGAUGAACUUCCAGAACCCGACCGGUCUGGGCGACGUCGAGGUUGAACAGCCUAAGCUGAUCAACACCCAACUCAAGGAGUACCAGCUCAAGGGUCUCAACUGGCUCGUCAACUUGUACGAACAGGGCAUCAACGGUAUUCUGGCCGACGAAAUGGGUCUCGGAAAGACGGUUCAGUCCAUCUCAGUCAUGGCUUACCUUGCUGAGAAGCACGAUAUCUGGGGUCCUUUCCUGGUCGUUGCCCCAGCUUCCACUUUGCACAACUGGCAGCAGGAAAUCGCCAAGUUCGUCCCCGAGUUCAAGAUCCUUCCGUACUGGGGCAGUGCUGGAGACCGUAAGGUUCUCCGAAAGUUUUGGGACCGCAAACACACCACGUACCGAAAGGAUGCUGCUUUUCACGUCUGCGUAACCUCAUACCAGCUCGUCGUCUCAGACGUUGCCUACUUCCAGAAGAUGAGGUGGCAGUACAUGAUUCUGGACGAGGCGCAAGCCAUCAAGAGCUCGCAGAGUUCUCGUUGGAAGUGCCUGCUCGGCUUCCACUGCCGAAACAGGCUGCUGCUCACUGGUACGCCCAUCCAAAACAACAUGCAGGAACUUUGGGCAUUGCUCCAUUUCAUUAUGCCGUCCCUGUUCGACUCUCACGACGAGUUCAGCGAAUGGUUCUCCAAGGACAUUGAGUCACACGCGCAGAGUAAUACCAAGCUCAACGAAGAUCAGCUGAAGCGUCUCCACAUGAUUCUCAAGCCCUUCAUGCUUCGUCGUGUGAAGAAGCAUGUGCAGAAGGAGCUGGGUGACAAGAUUGAGAAGGACAUCUUCUGCGAUCUCACAUACCGACAGAGGGCCUACUACAGCAACUUGCGGAACCAGAUUAACAUCAUGGAUCUCGUCGAGAAGGCGACUAUGGGAGACGAACAGGAUUCGGGUACUUUGAUGAACCUGGUGAUGCAAUUCCGAAAGGUGUGCAACCAUCCCGACCUAUUCGAGCGCGCCGAGGUGACCUCGCCAUUUGCCUUCACCUACUUUGCCGAGACGGCCUCGUUCGCCCGUGAGGGCUCCAACAUUCCCGUGGGCUACUCAAGCCGUAGCCUUAUCGAAUAUGAGCUGCCCCGUCUUGUGUGGAGGGAGGGUGGCCGUUUAUGGAAGGCAAGCCGCGAUAACCAAAAGGCCGGGUGGCGAAAUAAGGCGCUGAACCACAUGAUGAACAUUUGGACACCGGAAAAUGUCAAGGAUGGCACCGAAGGCUCCAAGGCAUUCUCCUGGCUUCGAUUCGCGGACACAACGCCUGGCGAGGUCUACGAGGCCACGCACCAGAGUCUCAUUGUUCGGGCAGCGAAGGAGCUGCAGAGGACUGACCGACUUGGCUACCUGAACGUGGCAUACAGCGAACCCGAGGACAAGAACUUUACGCCGGCGCAUGCUCUCUUCCAGAUCCGAGCUCGACAGAACCGGGUGCCAGUCGCCAACAUGACCAGCGAGGGCAUCCUGAAGCGGCUGAUGAAUGUUGCCGAGGCACAGUAUGACGACUCGGGCAUCGGCCGUUUGGAGCCAGCUGGCAGGCCUCGUGCUUCUGCCCCUCCAAUCGAUAUUUUGUGCAACAGUCGAAGUUCCGGAAUCGAGCGCGAAGAGAUCCUGUUCAACGUCCCCAUUCGCCGGAUGCUCUAUGGCCCAACGAUCUGGGAUGAGAAGGCUCUGGUCGAGAAGAAGAUUCCCCUGGAGCUGUACCCCACGAGAAAGUUGCUGCCUAAGCCCGAUCACGAGAAGAAGCGCUUUACAAACAUCGCUGUUCCCUCUAUGCGCCGAUUUGUUACUGACAGCGGCAAACUGGCUGAACUGGAUGGCUUGCUCUUCAAGCUCAAGAACGAGGGCCAUCGUGUUCUGUUGUACUUCCAGAUGACUCGCAUGAUUGACAUGAUGGAGGAGUACCUGACGUACCGCAACUACAAGUACUGCCGUCUGGAUGGAUCUACCAAGCUGGAGGAUCGACGUGACACGGUCCACGACUUCCAGACCCGCCCUGAGAUUUUUAUUUUCUUGUUGUCGACUCGUGCUGGUGGUCUCGGUAUCAAUUUGACGUCCGCCGACACCGUCAUCUUCUACGACUCGGAUUGGAACCCGACUAUUGAUUCCCAGGCCAUGGACCGAGCCCAUCGACUGGGUCAGACCAGGCAGGUUACAGUGUAUCGUCUCAUCACUCGCGGCACGAUUGAGGAGCGUAUCCGGAAGCGAGCCUUGCAGAAGGAGGAGGUGCAGCGUGUCGUCAUUACUGGUGGCGGUUCGAGCGUUGACUUCUCUGGCCGUCGGGCUCCUGAAAACCGCAACCGCGAUAUUGCCAUGUGGUUGGCGGAUGAUGAUCAGGCUGCCAUGAUUGAGCAGCGAGAGAAGGAGAUGCUCGAGUCGGGCGAAUUCGAGAAGCAAGCAAAGAAGAAGGGUGGCAAGCGUAAGAAGGCCGAGAACCCGGCUAGUUUGGACGAGAUGUAUCAUGAAGGAGAGGGCAACUUUGACGAUGGCUCCAAGCAAGCGCUUUCAGGAACGGCCACACCUGCCACGCCGGCUGAGAGUGACACCAAGGGCAAGAAGGGCAGAGGAAAGGGGUCAAGCAAGAGGGCCAAAACGGCCAAGCAACGACUCGCCAUUGCUGAUGGCAUGGUGUAGACAUGGACUCGCAAUUAGCGCCGAGUCGCAGGGCGCGUGUAAUAACAAACACAAGGAUGGGGCUGCACGGGAUAAUCAGCGGAGUGAAGGAUAUCAUUUGUAACUUGAUGUGUUUUGACGUAUUGGAGGGUCUGGUCUGGGCUCUAUGCUGCAGCCUUGGACGGGAGUUGCUAGACAAGGACAUCUUAAAAGCCAAAAAGAAGACCGAAGGGAACCGGCAUUCCAUGGUUUUGAUGGGAGUGUACUUAUAUUGAUAGACAAACGAUGAUUAUAUCGCAUUACAUGACUAUCAUUUG